UCAGCUCAGCAGAUUUAAUAAUCAAAAUAAUUGUUCAAUGCGAGAAAUGUGUAUGGGGGACUCGGUGUGUGUAUUUUGAAGCGUGUGUAAAAAGACGGGACGGCGAAAACUACUCUUCAAACAACAACAACAACGCACCAAAAGUAGCGUAGUAGCAAAAGGCGUGCAAAUCAGAAGUUGUAGUUGUAGUGGCAGAGUAACGGUUGCGCGUGUGUGUGAGUGUGUGUGCAAUGUGCUUGGCACCACGCACGGAGGAGGACGACGACAACAGAAUAGCAGCCGACUCAAUGCAAAAUUAAAAUUAAAUUUGCCAAAUUUUAUGCACGCGGCGCGUGUCGGCCUCAACACUGGGAAAUAGACGGGAAACGGAGUCUCUACGCUGGCACUACUCUUCGGCAGCAAUUUGAAAUUUGGCAUCUAUUGACGAGAAGGCAUAAUGAAUCGAUGACUGUUGGCUGCUGCUGCUUCUGCUGAAACCGGCCACAUCUGCCAGCUGUCUACUGUCUUGUGUGUGUCCUGCGUGUCUUCCGUCUUCAGUGUCUGGCCCCAGCAGAGUCAAGUGUCGAGCCCAACAUUACAUUGCCUGAGGCGGUCGAACCCAACCAAAUCCAACCCCAAAGAGUCGGAAUCCAACCGAAGCUUUGCCUGCGCAGCUUCAACAAUUGAGCAAUUGAGAGCGCAUUUGGGCAGUGAUUGGGAGAGCGGAUUGCGCGAGAGUGUGAACAAAUAGUUGGAGCUAUAAAAGGAAACGCCGUCGGCUGGCUUGCUUGCGGCCUGGACUCGAGUUGGACCCCAAAAAGGAGGAGUGGGGGAGCAGGAAAAGGAGGAGAGACAGCACAGAGCAGACACGGAAGUGGUGACAUCUGUUUUUGCCGCUUUGUCAGUGCCAUCCGGCAGCCAAAAGCCGAGCAGAGUAGACGAACCCACCCGAACACGAACGAGGGAGGACACGAACACAAGUGUGGAAAUUGGAAUUUUUAUUCAAAACAAUGCCCCUGCUGCAACAGUACGACACACCCGACUGCUCUUCUGGAACUAGUGGCAGUGGCAACAUGCGGGCCUUGAGCGGCGCCUCUUCCGCGGACCUGCUGCAGAAGCACUCGACGAUCAACUCUCUGCUCGAACACCACCAACAGCAGCAGCAUCAACAGCAGCAGCAGCUGCAACUGCAACACCACCAGAAACAGCAGCAACAACAGCAGCAGCAGCAGCAACAAAAGCAGCAACAACAGCAGCAGCAGCUACAGCCACACGAUCUGCUGGGCAGACGCAGCAACGACGAUGGACUGAUAUCAUUCAUAAACGAUCCCAUCACACUCAGUGAUCUGCUGGGUCUGUGCGGCAGCACCACAACUGGAGGAGCAGGAGGAGUUGCAGCAACUGGAAACGGAGUGGGAGCUGGAGCUGGCAUGGGAUUGGUUGCAGGACCAAGAGCCGGAGCUGGAGCCGUAGACGGAGGAGGAUUGGCCACAGCCCAAGCUAGUAAUCAGAAACAGAAUCAGAACCAAAGCAACGGAGACAACGGCAUCAGCAGUGGUGGCAGCACGAAUCGUUUGAAUUCCGCCGCUACUGCUGCCGUUGCCGCCGCCUGUGGAGAGAGUGUGGGCGUGGGCGUACGCGUAGGUGUCCAACUGUCGGCCAAUGCGGCUGUCUACUCCCCCCUGACGCCCAGCUCCACGCAAUCCUCGGCCUCGCCAGGCACCACCAAGUCCAAUUUCGACUACUUUCAGUUUGAAAAUGUUGCACAAAGUAACCCACUUAAGGCUUUCCAAAGAACAAACAUCAGCUUCGAUUGCUCUGCACCUUUAUCGCCAAGUACGCCUUCAUCUAUUUACAAUCGCUCCUUUCACAGUUCACCUCUGGUCAGUGACAGCAGCAACUCCUCCAGCGGCAAUGGCCUCUCAAUGGACUCGAUCAACAUGCUCUACCAGCAGCAGCGCCAGGAGCCGCAGGGCUUUUCCAGCAGCGGCCUGGGACUGAGCCUGCAGAAUGCCUCCACGCGCUCCAACACGCCCGAGAGCCAGAACAGCAACCAGUCGAUCAAUGAACCAAAUCUACUGGAUAUGAUUAACCUACUGUCCGUGAAUAGCAACCGACUGGCAUCCAUGCAACAGCAGCACCACCAGCAGCAGCAGCAGCAACUCCACCAGCAACAGCAGGUCCAGCAGCAGCUGCAGCAGCAGUACGCGAGCCUCAACAGGAACUACGAGCAGCAGCUGUCCGGCAACGGAGGGCCGCACAACUUUGACCUGAACGGUGACCUCAGCCAGUGCGGCCUGGAGAAUUUUGCCAGUGUGGACAUGGAGCUGGCGAAGCUGCAGAAUCUGCAGCGCAUCAACACCCUGAAGCUGCUGCAGGCCCAAACGCAGCAGAUGCCGCUGCUCAAUCAGCUGUUGCAGAGCUAUGCCGGCAACAUGCCCGCUGCGACCAGUGCAGCCAGCAGUCUGACGAAUCUCGGGGGAUCGGCGAAUGGAUUUGGGCCCAACCUCACGGUGGACGGCGGCGCCGGCACCAACGAUGGGCAUCUGGAUCGCGUGGCCAAGUUCCACAGGAGCUCUGCGGCCCUGUGCGAUGCCACCUGCACCUGGAGCGGACAGCUGCCGCCACGCUCGCACCGAAUGCUCAACUAUUCGCCGAAGGUCUUCCUGGGCGGCAUACCCUGGGACAUCAGUGAGCAAUCGCUCAUUCAGAUAUUCAAACCAUUCGGUUCUAUCAAAGUGGAAUGGCCGGGCAAGGAGCAGCAGGCUGCCCAGCCCAAGGGCUAUGUCUACAUCAUCUUUGAGUCGGACAAACAGGUGAAGGCCCUGCUGUCUGCCUGCGUGGUCCAAAUGGACGAUGCGCACAGCGGCAGCAACUACUACUUUAAGAUCUCAUCGCGUCGCAUCAAGUCCAAGGAUGUUGAAGUCAUUCCAUGGAUCAUUGCCGACUCGAACUUUGUGCGCUCCAGUUCUCAGAAGUUGGACCCCACAAAGACCGUCUUUGUGGGAGCUUUACAUGGAAAACUGACGGCCGAGGGCCUGGGCAAAAUCAUGGACGAUCUCUUCGAUGGGGUGCUAUACGCGGGCAUCGACACGGACAAGUACAAGUAUCCGAUUGGUUCGGGACGCGUCACUUUCAGCAACUUUCGCUCGUACAUGAAGGCCGUUUCGGCCGCCUUCAUCGAGAUACGCACCACGAAGUUCACCAAGAAGGUGCAGGUGGAUCCGUACUUGGAGGAUGCCCUGUGCUCGAUAUGCGGCGUGCAGCAUGGCCCCUACUAUUGUCGGGAGCUCUCCUGUUUCCGCUACUUCUGCCGCAGUUGCUGGCAAUGGCAGCACAGCUGUGACAUUGUGAAGAACCAUAAGCCCUUGACGCGCAACUCCAAGUCGCAGGCUCUGGUGGGCAUUGGCCCCGCCUCGUCGACCGUCUCGCUGUCUUCCUCCAAUCACAGCAACAGCAAUGCGGAGCACAAGAUGCAGCAGCAACAGCAGCACCACCACCAUCAGCAACAGCAGCAGCAGCAUCACAGCCAGAGCCACCACAACUACCAGCCCCAGCAGAAGCAUCAUCAGAUCAAUCAUAAUGGCAAUCUUCAUCAGUCGCACUCGCAGUCCGGAGGAGGAGGCUAUGGGCUGCUUGGCAAUGCUGGAGCCGCCGCCAAUGCCACGGCUACUUCGUUGUACAACUUCCAGCAGCAGCAGCUCCAGCAGCAGCAACAGCACCAGGCGAUCUAGAGACAUCCUAGCGCAUUUUAACGUGCUUCCGAUUCAGCGUUGGACGUAGAUCGCAAGCGAAGAGCGCACUCCCAGACAUAAUGGUGAACGACACAGACACAGAAUUUUAUUGAUGUGUAUAUAGAUAUAUAUAUAUAUAUAGAACAACGGUACGAAGUAUGAAGUAUACGACUAUACGCGUUGAAUUUUCCCUUAAAUUCUUAAGGCUUAAGGCCCCUUAGUGUCCCUCUCUUCGAACACCCAAACCAUUCCCCUUCCCCAAAAACAAGACACUGACACACACUCUACUACUACUUUUUGUGCUAUUUCUUUGAUAAUCAUGCUUACAUAUCAAACAGCAUUUGGAUCAAUCGAUGCUUGAGCGAUGAAAUGAGCGAUUUCAUUUACCCAUCAACCAUCAAACAAACCACAACACUAUAAUUGUUACUAUUUUCGGCUAAGAAAGCUGUUCUAAAUCUAUUCUAUAUUUUGUAAUUGUCUAAUUUUAAGCUAGCGAGAGAGAGAGAGAGAGAGAUCGCGGAAGCUGUAUCGAGAAUAAGCAUUAGCUUGCCGCCCUCUCCCGCGAGAUUGGAGAAUCUCUAUUUUUGUUAUUGUUUAUUUUUUUUUGCGCUAUUAUUGAGGAAUUUUAUGUGGUUUCUUUUUACAUAGCCAAGCCCCAUACAUAUAUAUUUCAUAUAACUAGAUAUAUUUAUGGACUGUCCGUUGAACGUUUAACUAUCAGGGAAUUUCAAUUUUUAGGAGAACUUUUUAAAAAUUGUAAAUUCAUUUACCUUUUGCCUACCCUAUUCCUAUUUUUGUCAUUUAUUGAAUUUUUGUUACACCUUUGAGUUUUUUUUGAUACACGAGAUUAUUUUUGUUCAGUUUUUUUUUUGUUAUUUCGGAUUAGUUUUAAGCACCAACACGAAACACGCAAACUCCUUGUUAAAAAUUUACGCGCGAUGCCUGAUUGAUUGUUGAACUUUGUUUUAAGGGAACUUAUCAUUAUCCUGCUUUUGGCUUUUUUGGCUGUUCCAGUUUUAGAGCGCCGCAUAUCAUGGCGCUAUAAGCUUAUUAUCUCUAUGUCUUACAUUAUUUUUCAUGUAUUUUGAGAAAGGAUCUCCAGUGCGUUAACCACUUAUUAUCCAUAUACCUAUACACACACCACGUAUGUAGCCACAAAACACACACUAAUCUUUACAUACAUAUUGUACUUAACAAUGCUUUAAUUUAAAUCAUUUUUUGUACUUUUCUAUUAGAAAGCAAAAACGAAAAGAUCAGCACACAAACACACGUAUUCACAAAUAUAUAACACAAUAUUGCCAUUUUCUACGCUUUCAUUUUCUAU